GAAUCCGCCUCAUUAUGAACCGAGGAAGCUAAUUUCGUUAGUAGGCUGUUUCCCCUCUCAGCUGAGCCUUUACAGGCGCUGGUGUAUCUACAGUUACUACCGCGCUCUGCGUCACUGGCGGGCAAUCUUCUUCACGCUCGCCAAAGUGCUGCUGUAGAGACAAAUAUCAUCUUUAAGCCGUUCAGGGAAGGAACCGACGUGUCCGUUUCCAAAAUGAAAAUCAAGGAUGCCAAGAAGCCGUCUUUCCCAUGGUUCGGCAUGGACAUUGGUGGAACGUUGGUUAAGCUUUCUUACUUUGAGCCCGUUGACAUCACGGCAGAAGAAGAACAGGAAGAAGUAGAAAGUCUCAAGAGCAUCCGGAAAUAUUUGACGUCAAAUGUAGCCUAUGGCUCUACGGGCAUUCGGGAUGUCCACCUGGAGCUCAAGGGCUUGACCCUGUUUGGUAGAAGAGGAAAUAUGCACUUCAUUCGAUUUCCAACUCAAGACCUACCCACGUUUAUUCAGAUGGCUAGGGACAAAAACUUCUCCACGCUGCACACUGUUUUGUGUGCAACUGGUGGUGGUGCCUAUAAAUUUGAAGAAGAAUUUCGGACGAUUGGGAAUCUUCAGUUGCACAAGGUGGAUGAACUGGAGUGCUUGGUCAAAGGCUUGUUGUAUAUAGACUCGGUCCGUUUUAAUGGACAGGCAGAGUGCUAUUAUUUUGAAAAUGCCUCCGACCCAGAGAGAUGCCAGAAGAUGCCUUUCAAUCUAGAUGACCCAUAUCCUCUUCUCAUUGUAAACAUUGGUUCUGGAGUCAGCAUACUUGCAGUACACUCCAAAGACUGCUUCAAAAGAGUAUGUGGGACAAGUCUAGGUGGUGGAACCUUCCUUGGACUCUGCAGUUUGUUGACCGGCUGUGAAAGCUUUGAGGAAGCUCUGGAAAUGGCUUCAUCUGGAGACAGCACCAAUGCGGAUAAACUAGUCCGAGACAUAUACGGUGGAGACUACGAAAGAUUUGGACUACCUGGCUGGGCAGUAGCUUCAAGUUUUGGGAACAUGAUUUACAAAGAUAAGCGGGAUACUGUUAGUAAAGAAGACCUCGCUCGAGCCACUUUGGUAACCAUAACAAAUAAUAUUGGAUCAGUAGCACGGAUGUGUGCAGUUAAUGAGAAAAUAAACCGAGUUGUGUUUGUUGGAAAUUUUCUUCGUGUCAAUACCCUUUCAAUGAAGCUUCUUGCGUAUGCACUGGAUUAUUGGUCGAAUGGACAGCUGAAGGCAUUGUUUCUGGAACACGAGGGCUACUUUGGAGCUGUCGGUGCCCUACUUGGACUGCCAAAUUUCUCUUAAGCAAGUAUUUGUGCAUCAAAAGUUAAUUCCUCAAACUGUUUGGUUUACACCAAAAGACAUAACUGUUUUUUGCGAGCAGUUACUUUACCUUUCGAAAUUUUGAUGAGCUGCUGAAUCGUGCCAUAAAGGAAACCUGGCAACCAUCUUCUGUGACCAUCCCUUACCUAUUACUGUGUUUCCUUUUAGGUGUAUAUAUUCACGUAGUGUCUAUAGAAGGCACAAUACUAUACAUCAAAGCUACGUAAUGUACAGCAAUGUAUAUGCUGUUUCCUAGCCGUGGCUUUUUCAACAGAAUACAUGGUCUAUCAACAACAUUGAGGCACAGAAAAUACCAUAUGAAUUCUGAAUUGUCCUGAUUUUGACCAGAUGUGGCUGAAGAACACUUGUAUUCAUUCGCAUUCAUUCCUUCAUUGUGAUGAAAAGGGUACUUACAAGUUAUUCGAAUUUUUUUUAACGUAAGCUUUUUUGUACUUUUCCCUUUUCAUGAAUAGAUAUUGCACUUGGAUUACCUUCUCCCAUUUUUGCUUUUUAAUGCUCCUGAAAUAGUUUACCUUAAUUUUAUGUCAGUUGGCAUAUGUGGGUUUUUGUCGAAUGCAUUAGAUAUUAUGUUGGGUCUCAUUGUACUGUGCCAGCAACCAGUUUCCACAAAA